AUGGCCGAAUCUGUAGAAGCCGAGCUCAAGGAACGAUUUGCCCCUGUGGGCGCAGAAAUUGAACCAGAUGUCCUGGCUGAAUUGAUGUCUAUUAUGCGCCUCCACUCAAUCGACACGCAGGAACUAUGGUACAAAUGGGAGUCGUACAGCAUGAAGAUGGGGGCGGAUGAUAUGAAGUUGACCAUAGAAACUGUGAGGGCCCUCAAACAGGAUAUCCAGGACGGCCUGGAGCGCGACAAUCGAACAAAAGCACAUCUGUUGAGUUCGAACAAACGUGGAGGAGCCACGCCUCGAAGCGUGGCCAGUAAUGGUGAUGUUUUUGGAAUGUUGGACGGCCUCGUUCCUAACACACCAAAAGUUGGAUCCACAAAUAAAGCCGGCACAAGGAAGAAGUUCGAGACACCGUCCCUAUCAAGAGUGAAAGCAGAGCCAGCAAGCAGUCCGCCAGACUUCAAGACACCAUACAAGCCUGGCGAGCAGAGUGGCCAAACCGUUUCCUUCCAUGACAGACCAAAUGCUGGCCAGACAAUCGAAAUUCUCAAUGAUCAUCUAGAACUCCCAGAACCUCCGAUAGCACCUUAUGGAGAACCUCGAAUCAAACUCACGGCCAAUUCCGAUAUGAAGAAGCUCUCUUAUAAACCAAUGGCUAUGAAGUCUUCGGAGGCUUCUGAGAUCCUGGACGAGAGGAUAGACGACUUCAUGGCUUUGAUCCAAACACAUCACAAGCUAGAGGACUCGGCUUUUGGAAGUGCUGCAAGUCAAAGUACAAACGAGAUUGUUGCAAUAGGACGGAUUGCCUCGGAUGCUUUAGAAGGGAGACUGAAUGCUUCAUCCCUCGUCCUCGAGACUUCACGGCGGAUGGGUGCAGGAUUAAGAAUACCACUGAAAGUCGACGCUCUCAAAGGCUUCCAAUUCUUCCCUGGUCAAAUAGUCGCAUUGAAAGGUAUCAAUGCUUCUGGGGAUUCCUUUAAAGUUAGUGAAGUGUUGGAAGCUCCGUUGUUGCCCAGCGCUGCCUCAACACCAUCUGGACUUGAAGCACACCUACAGAGACUGAAGGGAGGCCCCGAUGCAAUGGAUUCAGAUUCGGCAGCGGCACCUUUGAAUAUAAUUAUCGGCUCUGGACCUUACACAACAGAUGACAAUCUGGAUUUUGAGCCCCUGCAUGCUCUCUGCAGUCAAGCUGCGGACUCCUAUGCAGAUGCACUAAUUCUUGUUGGACCCUUCCUAGACAUCGACCACCCUCUCAUCGCUUCAGGGGAUUUCGACCUACCAGACGAGGCUAUGAAAGAGCCAGACACGGCCACCAUGUCAACGGUUUUCAAAUACCUCGUUUCACCCGCAUUCAUCCAGCUCUGUUCAGCCAAUCCACACAUCACCAUUCUUCUUGUCCCGUCCGUCAAAGACGCAAUCAGCAAGCACGUCUCCUGGCCACAAGAGCCGUUCCCACGGAAGGACCUUGGCCUUCCCAAGUCUGUCAAAAUCAUUGGCAAUCCAAUGACUCUGUCACUCAACGAGGUAAUCAUUGGAAUCUCGUCACAAGACAUUCUCACCGAGUUGAGGAUUGCUGAAGUGACUGGCGGGAGCAAAAAGGAUCCUUCAAUCCUUACUCGACUACCAAAGUAUAUGGUUGAGCAGCGUAACUUCUUCCCCUUGUUUCCUCCAGUCGACAGAGAGAGCUUGCCGAAGACGGGUACGAAAUCCGGAAUACCAGCUGGAGCAAUGCUUGAUACAAGUUACCUGAAACUGGGGGAGAUGAUUAAUGUGAGGCCGGACGUAUUGAUUGUUCCAAGCUCUAUACAACAUUUCGCAAAAGUGGUCGAAAGUGUUGUCGUUGUCAACCCUGGGUAUCUGUCAAAACAAAAGAAAACAGGUACCUACGCGAAGAUGACAGUAUAUCCACGUCCUCUUACGGACGAGGAGAGAGGCUCAUCAGUGGUUGCACAUCAAGUGUUUGAACGGGCUCGGGUUGAUAUUGUUAGGAUAUAA